AUGAGCCGUACCCAGACGUACGAGAAAGGCGAUUCCAAAAAAAGCAUUAGCAAGGAUGUCAAACCCAAAUCCAAACCCGAAGCGGAUCCUUUCGAGGCAGCUGCCAAGAGUAUGGAAAGCGCGUUGAACAAAUACCGAGCAAUGAAUAUGCCUGAACUAUUUCUGGACAAGCUGACACGUUGGACCAAGGAUUUCGACAUUGGCAUGUUUUUCUAUGAGCGCGAGAACUGGUCUAAGGUUGAUUUUGACUGUGUCUUGGGUUUCACCAACCCAAUCCAUAGCAGCCGAUGUAUACUGGCAGAUCAAGAUAUGGCCGUUGCCGACUUUUGGCGCAAAAAAACGCGAAAGCAAAUCAAGUCCGAGUCAUUAUUAUCGAAACAAAGCAAGGGGCCAUAUAACAUUUUGGAACAGAAAUGCAAUAUCCAUAAUCUCACUGCAGAUGAAAUAUGCUUGAAAAGAAGCAAUUUAAGACCACCGACCAAUACAGAGGUGAAACAAGAAAGUGUCGAAGGCUUAAGCAAGGUCGAUGAUGAUAUAGCCAAACAAAAAGCGCAUGCUCGAGCGGCAACGGCAUUGAUCGCUCUGGAUACUGCUAAGAUGCUGAUCACACAAGAAGGCAAAGCUAUUGAAAAAUUACCAGAAUACUUUAAAGAUGCGUCUGCAGUGAUUAAAUGGGUGCAGGAUGUUUGGCAGCACGAUCGGCGAGCAUGUCAAGCUUCUGCUCAAAUGCGCUUCGAGCGAAACAUGCACGCGAUAUAUCUUUUCCGGUUAAAAUAUAUCACACAGUUACUUUUCUCUUCUGGCGAAUUCGAAAGCUGCGUAGGCGGUGAUGAUAGCGACCGUGUAUAUCGAUACAUCCGAGGGGGACAUCGGCUUAUUAAGCUGGUGUCUCAACAUGGAUUUGCUAUUCUGCUAUUGGUGGAUAAUAUUAAUGCGUUCACUCUUGGUCGAGAACCGGAUGAAGAAGUAUGGAAGUGUGAAAUGGACGGGUUGAUGAACGAAACACUAUCGGAUGCAUUUAAUCUCGUCAAUGCCGAGUUUUUCAAAGGAGAGUAUUCGUGGACGGCAAUCCCUGCCCUUGAGCAAAUUGGCCAAUGGCUUUUUCAAGAAAACUUUCUGAAUUAUACCCCAUAUCUGUAA